AACCCGCGCGCGCGCCUUCGCGUCGAGAUCGACGGCGUCGACGUCGGCGCGCUCGUCUUGGAGCUCUUCGCCUCGGACGCGCCGCGGACGUGCGAAAACUUCCUUCGCCUGUGCGAGGGCCGCGAUCGAUCGACGCGAGCCGACUCGAACGCGGCGCUGGACUACGUCGGAAGCGUUUUCCACAGGAUCAUCCCGGGCUUCAUGGCGCAGGGCGGGGACUUCGAGCGCGGCGACGGCACCGGCGGCGAGAGCGUGUUCGGACCGACGUUCGCGGACGAGUCGUUCUCGCGUCGGCACGACGCGAGAGGCGCGCUCGCCAUGGCCAACUCGGGGAGACACACGAACGCGUCGCAGUUUUACGUCACGUUCGCGCCCGCGCCGCGCUUGGACGGAAAGCACGUCGUGUUCGGCAGGGUUACGAGCGGGUUUCACGUCCUGGACGCGCUCGAGCGCGUCGGGAGU